AUGUGCCAUCACAGAUUGCAUUUCACCCGUCGCCUCCACCUAACGUUUGCCUCCUUUGCUCACAGAGCGGAGCACCCUGGGGUUGAGGCUGUGGAGAUUAGCCAUGCGGAUGACGAGAAGAAGCCUACAGACGAGGAGUCGACGCCGCUCGUCGAUGCGUCACCAGGAACGCCCAGCAGCAGAGCGCUCGCUAAUACCACACCCACCACGAUCGGCGGCAUCGUGCGACAAUACAUAGUCCGUGCUGAGUUUGGAGGCCUGAUUCUUUACUACUUCAUCUGCGAUCGCACAGACAUCUUCGGCGAAUCCACCAAGCACUACAGCCGGGACCUGUUCAUCUUCCUGUACGCGCUAUUGGUGCUGACGUGCUUCUUCACAUCGCUAACGAAGCACACGGGCGCGUCCCUGGCGACGGGCAAGUCCCAUCCAAUACCUCAACCGCCACCAGACGGAGGAGUGGAAGGGAUGGAUGCAGGUGCGGUUCCCCCCACACACCACGUGAACUCCCCUCUUCUCCCCUUUCCCCUCCCCCUCCCUCUCCCUCCCCUCCCCCUCCCCCUCCCUCUCCCUCCCCUCCCCCUCCCCUCUUUCCUCCUUUCCCCCCCUUCACAUCCCCUCAACACACCCUCCAAAUGGAUCAUCUUCCUCAUGUACCACUACUGGGAGGCGCGUGAGAUCUACAACUCCAUCCGCCUCUUUAUCGCAGCCUACGUGUGGAUGACGGGGUUCGGCAACUUCUCCUACUACUAUGUCCGCAAGGACUUUGGCCUCGGCCGCUUCUGCCAGGUCAAAACCCUGCCUACCCUGCCUACCCUGCCUUUUCCUCACUGCCAUCCCCUCCCUGCCCCCCGCCCCUGCCCAUUGUGCCCUCCUGCCGUCCCUGCCGUCCCUACCGCUUCCUGGCACGUCCUAUCCUCUCCCACCCCGUGUCUGUCGGUCCCUCUCCCUUGCAUCCCCCCCCACACUCCUCCCCCUCCACUCCCCCCCUCUCCGCCCUUAUUUCUAACUCCCUUCUUCCCGCCCGGCCCCCCCCUUCCCCCCAUCCCUGUCGCCACCCUCCCCUGCGCCCGCCACACCCCCUCUCCCCCCUUCCAGAUGAUGUGGCGGCUCAACUUCCUCGUCUUCUUCUGCUGUCUGGCGCUCACAAACGACUACAUGCUGUACUACAUCUGCCCCAUGCACACGCUCUUCACCGUCAUGGUCUACGCCGCGCUCGGCAUCUACAGCAAGUACAACGAGCUGCCCGCUGUCAUUGGCAUGAAGAUUGCCAUCUGCUUUGUCGUGGUGUUCCUGCUCUGGGAGGUUCAGGGCGUGUUCGAGCUCGUGUGGGGGCCCUUCACGUUCCUCAUGGGGUACAUCGACCCGCGCAAGCCGGACCUGCCGCUGCUGCACGAGUGGCAUUUCCGGUCGGGGCUGGACCGGUACAUCUGGAUCAUUGGCAUGAUCUACGCCUACUUCCACCCCAUGGUGGAGCGCUGGCUUGAGAAGCUCGAGGAGAUGCACCACAUGACCCGCAACGCCAUCCGCGCCGCUAUUGUCGCUGUCUGCCUCUCGGUGGGCUAUGUGUGCAUCUACAUUGCGCUGCGCAAUCUGACACAGCCUCUCCGCAACUGGUCUCUGGCUCUCUUUGGCUGGCUCGGCAAGAUCACUCUCGAGACCUACAUUGGCCAGUUCCACAUCUGGCUCAGGACGGGCAUGCCCAACGGCCAGCCGGCCAUGCUGCUGAGCUUUGUGCGGGACUACCCCCCUCGUCAACUUCAUGCUCUCCACUGCCAUCUACAUCCUCACCUCAACCAUAAGCUAACCCCUCUAAAACUCGUAUCCCUGCGGCUGUUUGAGCUGACCAACACGCUCAAGAACUCGUUUGUGCCGCACAAGGACAACACGAAGCUGGGCGCCAACACUGUCGCUGGAAACCAUCUUCAUGGGCGUCACCUACGUCUCUGCCGUGCUGCUGCUGCUCGCCAUCCGCCUGCUGGUCAGUGA